UUUGACCGACGGGUGGACUUGAGUUUUCUCCUCAAUGAAGGAUUUCAUUUUUUUUAUCAGUUAAGAACAGUAACGCCAUCAUCUUGUUGAGAUUUAGGUUGAAGUCCACGACAGGAAGUAGUGUAAAAUGUGUAGUCUGACUCCGCUUUGCCACGUUUCACUAAAUGAUGUAAUCUCUCCGGGUUGGGCACGACAGUUAGCUGCUGCAGUAACUGCACACAUUACCGAACCAGCUGGCGACACAUCUAUUCUCAGCCGCUUGUUCAAUUAGCUCCGUUUUACUGUUAAACAACGAUCGUGCCUGUUUAACACGACUUGAACAAAAUCAUUCAUUUUACGGUGUUAUUUUCCCCUCCUGUCUGAACUACCUGGCUGGUAUUAGCCGUUUCCUGGUUGAAGUUGCAGCCAUUUUGGAUUUUUACUGGGGAAAGAGGCAGCCGGGUCGCGAUCGCGGAGCGGUACAAGCUUGGAGUCGACCCCGUUUUUUUACAAGUAGACAGCGCUAUUUAUCUGCGGACGGUGACACUACGAGGGGACAAUGAAUCCUGAAUAUGACUAUUUAUUCAAACUGCUCCUGAUUGGUGACUCCGGUGUUGGAAAGUCUUGCCUUCUACUCCGAUUUGCAGAUGACACAUACACAGAAAGUUACAUUAGCACAAUUGGUGUGGACUUCAAAAUACGAACCAUAGAACUAGAUGGAAAGACCAUUAAACUUCAGAUUUGGGAUACAGCGGGACAAGAGAGGUUUCGUACAAUCACAUCCAGCUACUACAGAGGUGCUCAUGGUAUCAUUGUAGUCUACGACGUCACAGACCAGGAGUCCUUUAACAAUGUCAAACAGUGGCUACAGGAGAUUGACCGCUACGCUAGUGAAAAUGUCAACAAAUUAUUGGUUGGGAACAAGUGUGACUUGACAACAAAGAAGGUGGUGGAUUAUACAACAGCAAAGGAGUUUGCUGACUCUCUGGGAAUUCCGUUUUUGGAAACCAGUGCCAAAAAUGCCACCAAUGUAGAGCAGGCCUUCAUGACCAUGGCAGCUGAAAUCAAGAAGAGGAUGGGCCCUGGAGCCACAGCUGGAGGUGGAGAAAAGCCCAAUGUGAAGCUGACUCCAGGCACUCCUGUUAAGCCUUCACCAGGAGGCUGCUGCUGAGACACGAACCACCGGUCUUUGUUCUUCCUUCCCCUUAACUCUGCGGGCCCCUUCCAAACUCCACUGUGUCCCUUAAAGCCCCACUACAUCAGACAGGACAGGGAAGACUUGAUUUGUCUGUGUCUGUGUGUGUGUGUGUGUGCGUGCGUGCGUGCGUGCGUGCGUACGUGUGUGAGAAAGAGUGAACAAGAUAAAGUUUAUACUGUACAUACUGUAGCCGCUCUACAAAACAUCCGAAGAAUCUUUCUUGUCUUACUGUCCUGUUGUUGAUAAAUGAUAUGAUAAGUUUGGCUGAUAGGUGAUGGUUCGACCUACUCCCCGUCUCAGCCCUGUUACACUUUUUCAUUUGGCCAUGUGAAUACAGCUUCAGGAGAACACUGUGUGCAUGUGUCUGUGGGUGGGUGACUGGGUGAGUGAGUUUGUGCAUUCCUGCAGCAGGGUUGGUAAACCAAUCAGUUUCAUUAAGAUUUGUGUUUGUUCUUCUCUUUCUAUGAUCAUUGCUGUCUUUUUUUCAGCAUGUCUCUGUCUGUCCUCGUCUGAAGGUGUUUUAAAAAUGUCAUACCAACUUCUGCACAACAUCAUGUUCUAAAGUCUAGUGCAACAACAGUAUAUGUACAUAAGCAUUAUGUAUAUAUAUAUAUGUAAAAUUGAGUUAGUUCUCUAGUGUUUGACACAUUUCUGAAUUAGUCAUUAUCUCUGCAUUCAGUUUGUGGCUGAAGACAACUGCAAGUUUCUUGCUCAACAUGUAACACUUAAAUGGAAAAUAAAUAUUGUACGACCA